AUGGCAUCUCAAGUUCAACCCCUAGAGCUCGUCGACAAGUGUGUCGGGUCCAGGAUAUGGGUCAUCAUGAAGGGUGACCGGGAGUUCAGCGGCACGCUGCUGGGAUUCGACGACUACGUCAACAUCGUCCUGGAGGACGUGACAGAAUUCGGCUACGAUGGCAAUUCGACGAAGCUGUCCAAAAUUCUACUAAACGGCAACAACAUUUGCAUGGAGGCGAGGGACCAGCAGCAGCGCAGUCAUAGUAUGAGGAGAGAUGACGUACAGUGA